UGAAUUCUGCACGAGGAGCUGCGGUAGGAGACAUCUCGUUCGUUGAAGAAGAAAGAAAGAAAAGCUAUUAAAAUACUUAACAAUGGAAGAUAAACUGCAAGAAGCUUAUCCCCCACAGCAAUACCCUCCUCAACAGCCUGGCUAUCCACCUGCUGAUCAAGGGUACCCUCCUCAGCAGUACCCACCACAGCCGGGUUAUCCACCACAGCAGGGAUACCCACCUCAACAGGGUUAUCCACCUCAGCAGGGCUACCCUCCACAGCAGCCUUAUAAGGGAGAAGCUCCUCCACCUUAUUUUGGUAAUGCUGCCGCUCCUCCUCCUCAGCAACAGCCUGUGCCUGUGGUACAACAACAAACAUCUAAUAAUGUUGUUGUGGUCAAUACUCAACCAACACCUGUGACCACUACAGUAGUCCGUCCUGCAGGAGACUAUUACUUGACUCUCUCCAUUGUAUUGACUGUCAUUUGCCUCUUCUGUGGUACUUGGUAUUCUCUGUUUUGUACCAUACCUGCCAUUGUUAUGGCUACAGCUGCUCGUGAUGCUGCAGCUCGUGGUGAUCUUGAAGGGGCUAGGUCUAAAGGUCGUGUUGCUCUCAUUUUGGAUAUUGUUGCUUGUGUCUGGUGGAUACUGGCACUGAUCAUUAUCAUUGCAGCUGCUGCUGGGUCUGCAAAUGCAAGUAGUUCGGCAACCUAUUACAGCAGUAGGUACUGUUACAAUUCGUAUUAUGGCAACUAUUAUUGCUACAAGUGAAGAAAUUUUUUGUUUUUUGACACUUUAUGAACAAUUACUUUCUUUUGAGUAUGAUUUUUGGUAAAAAUAAUUAGAUUAGCAUAGUAGCUAUAUAGAUCUAUCAU